UGCUCAUGCUAAAAAUGAAACGUCAAAACUUCAAAAGAAUUGAAAACUAGCAAAGACCAAAAACGUACGGUUUCAAAUUUUAAUAUUUAAUAAUUUUAUCCAUAAAAUAUGAACUUUUAGUUAUCUUAAAUGGGAGUUAAAAAAGUAAAAAUCAGUUCUGUAAAGCGAUCGGCUCAUCUGAAAUCUAAGAAGAAGACGUUGAGCAAGUCUCAACAGCAAAGAGCAGAUGCCAAAGGAAAUGCCUCUAAGAGGGAGAACAUCUUCAAUGCCCCGCCGAAACCCUCCAGAAAGGACUACCUUUUAAAACGUAAAAGCAAGUACUACAACGAACCCCAGCCCGAUGACGACGAGGAUGAUGACCAAAUUGUCGACAACGUCAUGGACAUGCUCGAUGGAGAUGAUUUGGAAUACUUGGAAGCAGCCGGCGCAAAUAAACAACGGAAACGAAAGCAUGCCGAUACAACAGUUGAUGCUGAAUCGGUUGGCUUAGAAUCUCGUUAUUCCACACAGAACUUGAAGGAGAAAUCCGACUUGAAAAUUAAGAUCAGCCUGUUGCCGAUAAAAAGUCGUGACGGUGAGAUUAUAAGUCGCACAACAGAAGUCGAUUACAAGCCAAAACCAAAAAUGGCUAAGAAAAACGUGGACAACGAGGAGGAAAAAGCUAAAGACGAAGUGGAGUCCGAGUAUGAGGACAGCGAUGAUGAUGUUUUGUACGACGAGGACGCCACAAAACCAGCUCCACAACAGAAACUGAUUUCAACGACUGAUUUACUUAUUCAUCGUCAGCAGGAAAUUGAACGCCAAAAGUACCGAAUCGGUAUCAUCUGUUCGGGUAUUCUGGAGAAGCCUGAGGACAAGAUGAAAAAUUUCAAUGUACUUUUUGAUCUGAUGGAGGAAACCAACGAACAUGGAACACCCAACCUAUUGACAGUCCGUAAAGUGGCGAUCCUAUCGAUUACUGAAAUUUUCAAGGAUAUUCUCCCCGAAUACCGUGUUGGUCAGAUCGACACUAAGAUGCAAACAGUUAGAAAGGCCACGCUAGAGCGUGUUACCUACGAAAAUGCUCUCCUCCAGCAAUUUAAAAAAUUCCUGCAAAAGCUUGAGAAAAUCACGGCCUCAGUUACAAAACGCGGAAAUGGUCGCAUCACACCGCAAAUAGUUAAAAUCGCCGAAGUUGGAGUGACAUGUCUAUGCGAAUUACUCAUAGCACAUCCCUAUUUUAAUUACGUUCAAAAUAUUGCCCAACUCUUGGUGUACAUGCUCAAUUGUAACUUCCCUCGCAUGCGGGAAGAAGUAAACAAGUGCUUCCGCACGGUUUUUGCAACUGACAAGAAACUAGAUAUGACUUUGUACAUCAUUCGACGUAUAAAUCAUCUCAUCAAAGCCAGAUCUAAUUUGGUUCAUUUGGAUAUGAUCACGUGUUUGUUGGCUCUGAAAAUCAAAAAUGUCAAUCUGGACGCGGAGAAAGAGAAUGAAUUGAAACAGAAGAAACUUGAAGCUCAUAAGCAGCGGUUAUUGAAUCUUUCGAAGAAAGAACGUAAGCGCCGUAAGAAGCUAACCGAGCUUAAUAAAGAACUCGAAGAGACGCGUGCCGAGGAGAACAAACAAUCCAAGCACCACAAAAUAACUGAAGUUGUAAAAAUGGUCUUCACCAUUUACUUUAGAAUAUUGAAAAAUGAUCCCAACUGCAAAGCAUUGAGUGCGUGCUUGGAGGGACUUGCAGAAUUUGCUCACGUUAUCAAUUUGGAAUACUUUUCGGAUCUGAUAGACGUCCUAAACAAUAUUCUUGAAACACAGGAACUGGGAUAUAGGGAGCAACUGCAUUGCAUUCGAACGAUUUUUGUAAUUUUGACGGGCCAAGGGGAAGUCCUUAACAUCGAUCCGAUAAGGUUCUAUGGACAUUUCUAUAGAAAUCUGUUAGCAGUACACGCGGGUAAAAACCACGAUGAUUUCCACAUAAUCCUUCGCACUCUUGAUGAUGUUUUGGUUAAGAGGCGUAAGAAUAUCACUCAGCAGAGGCUGUUGGCUUUUGUUAAGCGUCUUUCGACAAUAAGUAUGCAUUUGAUGCACAACGGAACGUUGGCUUCGUUGGGAACUGUAAAGACAAUAAUGCAAUUGACUUCAAUGCUGGAUAUCAUUUUGGAUACAGAUACAAGCGUAGGAUCAGGACGUUUCGAUCCAGAACUGGAAGAUCCAGAAUAUUGUAAUGCAUCGUGUACGGCAUUAUACGAGCUGACAUCCCUCGCUCGACACUACCAUCCCAUAGUGAGAAGGGUAUCAUUGCAUAUAGCUAACGGUGUUCCGGCUACCGGUGAUGGUUGUCUUCCAGCAGAAAUUGGAAAAUUGACUCCUGAAGAAUUCUUUGAAAAAUAUGACAGUUCACAAAUGGCCUUCAAUCCGACAAUUCCAGUUCCUAGAAAAUCGGAACCAAAAAUAAAGAAAGGAAGAUACAAUUUUGUUGACACGUCCUUUAAGAGUUACUACCAGUCGAUAAUGAAACAAGCUAAAGUUGUGCCAAGGUCUUCCCAAUGUUUUGACUUUUUUACGAAUUAUGAACAAGGACCGGAUAGUAUAAUGGAAAUUGAUGAUUAAAGCAAUAAAAUGGAUUGAUGGAACAUGUUUUCGUAGCUAAAUAAAA